CCGCGGCGAGGCCGCCGCGGCCUCCGAGCCCGCCCCGCCGCCCCCGGCGGAGGCGGCGCCGCCGGGGGAGGCCUCGCAGCCGUCGAGCCCCCGCCGCAAGGGCUCGCUGUCGCCCCGGGCGCAGGCCGAGCUGCCACCUCUGCGGGCCCCGGCCUCGGCCAGAAGGGAUGCCGCAGCGCCAGGGAUGCCCGUGCAUACCAUGCUGUCGGAAUUCACCGAGCAGAGGGAGCAUGACAGGAAGGAGCGCCUUCGGAGGGAGCAGCAGAAGCUCCUCGACGACAGCGCGGUGGUGGCGUACAAGGACUAUCCGGACAUGCGGAGUCACUUUCGCAAAAUCUUGACACUUACGGAGAUGUCGCCGAACGAGUUUUCACUCGAGAGGGGUGCCAUCGGCAACCUCGGCAAGCCCCUCACGCCGCAGCAGGAGAAGCUGGCCGCGGCGCAGGACUCGGGCAGGCCGCGAAGGACGCCGCGCGGAGGGGAGCGGGGAGCUUCCGAGGGCGUGGGGAGGAUGGUCCGCCUGUGCUGGUGCGCGGGCCGCCGCCGCGGCCCUGCGGAAGAAGGGCGGCGAUGAGAAGAGAAACGGGAGGGCUGAGGCGGAGCGGAGGAGAGCGAGUGAGUGCCUCCCUCCCGCCGGCUUCUCGGACGCGGCGGAGGCGGCUGCGCGCAAGAGCGACCCUUUUCGCGCUGGAGCGACCCGUGGCGCGGGCCCGCCGGGGGUCCCCCCAGCCACUGGCCCCUGCGCGCGGGGACCCGGCCCGCCCGCGGCCCCCUCAAGCCGCGCGCACGGGGCCACCCUUUACCCAUGUCGGGCGUCCAAACUCUUGCGUGUGGUCGAUGGAUCAGGCGAUCGCACACAUGGAUUAAAGGGGGCGUGGAUUCGCGACGGGUCCCGUUUCCAUGGGAAGCCGCGGAGUUCCGCCGCCGAGCGAGGCGGCACCGCCCGCACCUUGGGGAGGGCACUUCCCCGGAUCCAUGGAUUUGGCGACCGCGCGCCAAAUCCAUGGAUCGCUGAUCCAUGUUUGCGCGCCCCCGAGUGUGGCCGAUGGAGGGGGUCGACAGCGUUAGUCAUCAGCGUCAGUGUCGGGAGGACGUGCAGGACCAGGGAGCAAACGAUGACAUGAACACGAAAACUCGGCGGUCCGCGCGGAUCUCUCUCGGAUCCGCGCUGGGCCCGGGGGCGACGUCGGAGGCGCCGCCAAGGGGCUCCAGCGCCGAUCUGAGGAGUCCGCGCUGAGCGCCGAGCUUCUACAGUGGCGCUCCGAGAGGUCCUUCCGCUUCGCGAAGCACGGCUCCUCGCGGAGGCAGCGCAGCCGCAUGGCUGCCAUGUCGCUGCAGUGAGGAUGGCGCACGCGAGCCUCGCGGACCUGGGCAGGCGCCGCGCCCGGGCGCGAGCGCUGACAGAUCUGGCGCGCGUGGCGGACCACCAGGGGCAGCCAACGGGAUCCGCCGAAAAAGUGCUUUUUGCAGAGGGUCCCCAGUUCGAGGCCAAUUUUCGGGUCCGUCGGGCAGGACCCGACAACAUUUUAUUGCACAUGUCUCGCGCAAAUUGGCCACUGUCGGGUUGGCUGGUUGAAGCUUUCGGAUUGUCUUGGGAGCAAGCCCGAUCGAUGUUUUUCUGAGGAGACCCUAUGCGGUUUGGUUUGCUCAUUCUCGGAUCCAUACACCGUUGGGGA